AUGGCUUCUUCAUCAAAUGUUCAACAUAAGGCUUCGUCCUCUAAACAUCAAGAACAAGUUCAACAACAAAAAUCUGUCUUCACUCCAUUGAUGACUUGUUUGAUUCCUUACGAAGAUUUGGAAGUUAUCUGUGAAUCUAUGGUUGAUUUUGAAAAUCUGCAAGCACACGAUUUCAACAUCAAAACAGAUAUGUUGGUUCAAGGAUGGGCAAACUAUUUUGGACGUCUAAUUGGACCGGUUUAUCCUCUUUUGGUUAAGGAAUUUUGGACUCAUGCCACUAUUACCCCAACUACUAUCAUCUCCUUCGUGCUAGGUCAAGAAAUUGUAAUCUCUGAGAAUCUGAAAAGGAAUUUAUAUAACCUCCAAGGUUUGGGUGGAAUUACUGGUUCUCUCCCUGGAAGAACUGUUUGGAAAAAAGUUCGUCCAGAGUUGGUUACUUCUAGAAAAGGCUCACCUCAUCUACAGAUCUGA